AUGUUCUUCUCGACCACCCUACUUGUGGCUUUCGCCGCCAGUGCGACUGCACACAUGACCAUCGAACACCCAGUUCCUUUCGGCAAGGCCACUCUCAACAGCUCUCCCCUCGGACCUGGUGACUUUCCAUGCAAGCAACGUUCUGGUGUUUACGACAUUACCGAGAUGAACCAGUGGAACGCAGGAGAGACCCAGACCAUCGACUUCAAGGGCUCUGCUGUGCAUGGUGGCGGAUCAUGCCAGUUCUCAAUCACCACGGACUCAGAGCCCACUGAGCAAUCUCAAUGGAAAGUUAUCCACAGCGUCAUCGGUGGCUGCCCAUCCAACGUUACUGGCAACCUUCCUGAGGAUGCUGACGGCCAUGGUGCUGCUACCUUCCCCGUCAAAAUGCCCGAGAAUAUUCCCGAUGGUCGCUACACUUUCGCAUGGACUUGGAUCAACAAGGUUGGCAACCGCGAAUUCUACAUGAACUGCGCUCCAGUUCAAGUCGGCAGUGGAUCCAACAAGGCUUCCACAGCCAGCGUGUCCGAAGCGCUCUCUAGCCUGCCUGACAUGUUCGUAGCCAACCUACCUGCCGAGGAGUGCAGCACCAAGGCAUACGAGGACUUCAACUACCCCAACCCCGGUCAGUCAGUAGUUGAGGGCAACGGUGGUUCCCUUGGAGACACACUCACCGGCGCUGGAUGCGACAAGAUGACCAAGAUGGGUGCUGGUAACGGACAGAUGGGAACUCCAUCUCAGCCUGAGGCUUCUCAGCCCGCAUCAAGCGAGGCACCCGCUGCUACUUCUGGUUAUGCCGCACUCCCAUCCAACGGCGGUGGCGUCUUCGCCCCUGGUGCUUCCUCCGCUCCCGCUGCCGAGCCCACUCCUGCCGAGUCCACUGCCCCCGUCGCUGCACCUACUCCCACCUAUGUCGCUGAGCAGCCUAGCAGCGCUCCCGAGCAGCCAGCCUACAGCUCGCCUCCUCAGGUGCCCGACAACAGUACUCCCAGCGCACCCCCCAGUGGCAGUGACUGCACUCCCUGUGACAACGAUGGCGCCGUUGUAUGCAUCGGAUCCAACAUGUUCGGUCUCUGCAACCGUGGAUGCGCUGUUGCUCAGCCUCUCGCCAACGGCAUGUCCUGCUCUGGUGGUGCUGUCGUUGCUUCCGUCAAGCGAUCCGCCAAGUUCCCUCGCGCCCACCUCCACCGCCGCCAUGGCUCGUCUCUCCUUAUCUAA